UGCUGCGAGGGCCACUGUAAAGCUGGCCCUGCUGGGAGAAGAGGAGGAGGAGGCGGCCUCUGCCCCUCCACGCGUGGCCUCCCAUGGACACCAAGGCACAGAGCCUUCCCAUCGCCCACACCCAGCCCCAUAGCAACUCCCGGCCCCAGGGCCACACCUGUAGCCAGGGCAGCCGCAGCCACCACUGCCAGCACUGCAGCUGGAGCUGCAGCCGGGGCAUGGCCAGUCACCGCAGCUCACUCGGCCACCAGGGCCAGAGCCCGGGCCCCAGCCCCAGCCUGCCACCCAGGCACCACAGACAGACCAUGCACUCACACCCCUCCCCGUCGCGGCCCACCCAUCACAGCAGCUGCCUCAGGAAGAGAAAGACCUUGGUGGGAAAAGUGAACAAGAGAAAGGGGACCAAGAGGAGCCGGCAGGUGUACAAAACAAAGAGGCGGAGCUCAGGACGGAAAUGCAACUGAGACGGCACUCCGGCUUGCUCCUGUGUCCGCUUCACCCAGAGGAGCUGCCAUCAGGCGGGGAAGCAGCAGUCCUGCAGGAACAUGUUGCAACGGUGAUUUCUAUACAACCCUGAUUAAAGCUCGCACGCUGAAGAUUA